GUAGCUCUAUCCGGGGCCUUGGCGCUUCUCUCCUCCUUUCGCGCCGCCGGCUGCCGCUGUGGAGCGGUGGGUCCAUGUGCGCAUCGAACGGCGCUGCCGCCCCAGAUCUCGUCCGCGUUGCCUGUCUCGGCCUCGACCGCACCGCCAUGGACCCCAACACCAUCAUUGAGGCCCUGCGGGGCACCAUGGACUCCACGCUGCGGGAGGCCGCAGAGAGGCAGCUGAACGAGGCUCACAAAUCAGUGAACUUCGUUUCAACUCUCCUUCAAAUCACUAUGUCAGAACAACUGGAUUUACCAGUGAGACAGGCAGGUGUUAUAUACUUGAAGAAUAUGAUAACCCAGUAUUGGCCUGACCGGGGAAUUACUCCAGGGGAUAACCCGCCUUACUCAAUACCAGAAGAAGAUAGACAUUGUAUUCGAGAGAAUAUUGUAGAAGCUAUUAUUCAUUCUCCUGAACUGAUCAGAGUACAGCUUACUACUUGCAUUCAUCACAUUAUCAAGCAUGAUUAUCCUACUCGUUGGACUGCUGUUGUUGAGAAAAUUGGAUUUUAUCUCCAGUCUGAAAAUAGUGCCUGUUGGCUUGGAAUACUCCUUUGUCUUUAUCAACUUGUCAAGAACUAUGAAUACAAAAAACCAGAAGAGAGGACUCCAUUGAUAGCAGCAAUGCAACACUUCUUGCCUGUCCUGAAAGAUCGUUUCAUCCAGCUCCUUUCUGAUCCCUCAGAUCAGUCUGUCCUUAUCCAAAAACAGAUCUUCAAAAUAUUUUAUGCCCUUGUUCAGUAUACAUUACCCCUGGAGUUGAUCAAUCAGCAAAACCUAGCAGAAUGGAUAGAAAUUUUGAAGACGGUUGUCGACAGAGAUGUACCAGCUGAAACUCUCCAGGUGGAUGAAGAUGAUAGACCUGAAUUGCCAUGGUGGAAAUGUAAGAAGUGGGCACUCCACAUCUUAGCCAGACUUUUUGAAAGGUAUGGAAGCCCUGGUAAUGUUUCCAAGGAAUACAAUGAAUUUGCUGAAGUUUUUUUAAAGGCAUUUGCUGUUGGCAUACAGCAGGUUUUGCUGAAAGUGUUAUAUCAAUAUAAAGAAAAGCAGUACAUGGCUCCGAGAGUUCUACAGCAGACUCUGAACUAUAUCAAUCAAGGGGUAUCACAUGCAGUUACUUGGAAAAAUCUGAAACCUCAUAUUCAAGGAAUUAUCCAAGAUGUUAUCUUCCCAUUGAUGUGCUAUACAGAUGCGGAUGAAGAGCUGUGGCAGGAAGACCCUUAUGAAUAUAUACGUAUGAAGUUUGAUGUCUUUGAAGAUUUCAUUUCCCCCACAACUGCUGCACAAACAUUGUUGUUUACAGCAUGUGGUAAAAGGAAAGAGGUCCUGCAAAAAACAAUGGGCUUUUGUUACCAAAUCCUCACAGAGCCAAAUGCAGAUCCUCGUAAAAAAGAUGGAGCAUUGCAUAUGAUUGGUUCUUUGGCUGAAAUACUUCUGAAAAAAAAGAUAUACAAAGAUCAGAUGGAGUACAUGUUGCAGAAUCAUGUGUUUCCUCUGUUCAGUAGUGAGCUGGGCUACAUGAGAGCAAGGGCUUGCUGGGUUCUCCAUUAUUUCUGUGAAGUUAAAUUUAAGAGUGACCAGAACCUUCAGACAGCAUUGGAGUUAACAAGAAGAUGCCUCAUUGAUGAUAGGGAAAUGCCUGUUAAAGUGGAAGCUGCCAUUGCGCUGCAAGUUUUGAUUAGUAAUCAAGAGAGAGCUAAAGAAUAUAUAACGCCAUUCAUUAGACCUGUAAUGCAGGCCCUUCUUCACAUAAUUAGAGAAACUGAGAAUGAUGAUCUUACCAAUGUAAUUCAAAAAAUGAUCUGUGAAUAUAGUGAAGAAGUUACUCCUAUAGCAGUUGAGAUGACUCAGCACUUGGCAAUGACUUUUAACCAGGUGAUUCAGACAGGACCAGAUGAAGAAGGCAGUGAUGAUAAAGCAGUAACAGCUAUGGGUAUCUUGAAUACUAUUGAUACACUUCUUAGUGUAGUUGAAGAUCACAAAGAGAUUACUCAGCAGUUAGAAGGUAUCUGUUUACAAGUAAUUGGAACAGUUUUACAACAGCAUGUUUUAGAGUUCUAUGAGGAAAUCUUCUCCUUGGCUCACAGUCUGACCUGUCAGCAGGUCUCUGCACAGAUGUGGCAGCUUCUGCCUCUGGUCUUUGAGGUAUUUCAGCAGGAUGGUUUUGAUUACUUUACAGAUAUGAUGCCACUGCUGCACAAUUAUGUGACUGUUGAUACAGACACGCUCCUGUCUGAUACAAAAUACCUAGAAAUGAUCUACAGUAUGUGUAAAAAGGUCCUUACAGGUGUAGCAGGAGAAGAUGCAGAAUGUCAUGCAGCAAAACUAUUAGAAGUUAUCAUUUUGCAAUGUAAAGGCCGUGGAAUUGAUCAGUGUAUACCCUUGUUUGUGGAAGCUGCUUUAGAACGAUUAACUAGAGAAGUUAAAACAAGCGAAUUACGGACAAUGUGCCUCCAGGUUGCCAUAGCUGCUCUCUAUUACAAUCCUCAUCUACUUCUGAAUACCUUGGAAAAUCUUCGCUUCCCCAAUAACGUGGAGCCUGUUACAAAUCACUUCAUUACACAGUGGCUUAAUGAUGUAGACUGUUUCCUGGGACUGCAUGACAGAAAAAUGUGUGUGCUAGGCCUGUGUGCAUUGAUUGAUUUGGAGCACGUACCACAGGUUUUAAAUCAGGUUUCGGGUCAGAUCUUGCCAGCUUUCAUCCUUUUAUUUAAUGGGUUAAAAAGAGCAUAUGCUUGCCAUGCUGAACAUGAAAAUGACAGUGAUGAUGAUGAUGAAGCAGAGGAAGAUGAAGAAGCAGAAGAACUUGGAAGUGAUGAAGAUGAUAUUGAUGAAGAUGGUCAAGAGUAUUUAGAGAUUUUGGCAAAACAGGCUGGAGAAGAUGGAGAUGAUGAAGAUUGGGAAGAUGAUGAUGCUGAAGAGACAGCACUGGAGGGAUAUUCAACUAUUAUUGACGAUGAAGAUAACCCUGUUGAUGAAUAUCAAAUAUUUAAAGCAAUUUUUCAGACACUUCAGAAUCGUAACCCAGUAUGGUAUCAAGCAUUGACACGUGGUCUUAAUGAAGAUCAAAGAAAACAAUUACAGGACAUAGCAACUUUAGCAGAUCAACGAAGAGCUGCUCAUGAAUCUAAAAUGAUUGAAAAACAUGGUGGAUAUAAAUUCAAUGCUCCAGUUGUGCCAAGUUCAUUUAAUUUUGGUGGUCCAGCCCCAGGAAUGAAUUGAAUUAUCACUACUUUUCCUCCUACUGUGUGAUUGUAGUGAAGAGCUUGUGUUCCUCCCAAUAUAGUGGUUCCAGAACUGGUUCAUGUUAUCUACAGCUCACGCUAAAUGAAUUGGUAGAUUGAAUAUUUAAAAAGAAAAAACCCAGAAGUGGGACUUGAUCAUGCAACCUAAUACUGGAAAGAAGGUUUUAUGAAGAUAGGAAGAACCUGAAACUUGAGCUUCAAAUGACACACUGUGGAUAUUGAAAAUCAAGAGGGGAUGUCUUGAAGGCAGCUUCCUUUCUAUGAAGAAAAUAGGCAUUGGCUGCAGGACUGUUGGAAAGGUCUCAUUUACAGUACACAAGCUUGAAGGCCAAUUUAAUUUUUACAACUGUGGGACUGAGUAUUUGCCCAAUUUUCUUAUCCUCCCCCCCCCCCCAUGGGUAUCUAUUCUUUUAAUGUACAUAAAGGCAAUUGGAUGGCCUUACUUAACAUUUCAUUAUUUCCAUUUAUCAAGAUUGUUCAUAUGUAGAAUAUCGGACACUUAUUGUAGCACUACAUAACUGAUAAAAUCUGUAAAUGAUUUAGCACUUUCAUAUUGAAACAAGCCUGCUAGCCUAUGUACAAAAUUAGCAAAAUGUUUGUUUAUAAAAAAAAGGGAUGUUCUGGGGAAAAUUUCAGGUUAUUAAUUUAAAACUAGCAGUUUUGUACCUGGUGAACUGUGGUGCAGCUACCACUGGUUGUGACUUGAAUUUGAUAUGUAAAGAAGGGGCUAGUGGUAUUUCAUUGCUGCUAAAAAAGAAAAAAAUGGCAACGUUCUGUGUCCUUUGUUUUUUUUUUUCUUAAAGCUGUCAUUGUACAAAUGGAAAAUUGAAAAUAGAACUCUUCAUGUUUAAAUGCUGAGUGGAAAUUCAUUUUCUCAGCAAUAUGAAAACUGACAUGAAGUUCUGCUUUUCCAGGAGUGUAUUUUGAUGCGUGGUGAAACAUUUACAUAGGCAAUCUUAAAAUCUAAUCUGGCUAACUUGGGCUGGAGUUAAUUAAAGUUGUAUUCCCAUAUAUAGGAAUAUGGUCAGAAUUCAUUACAUUUCAAGGAUCUCCUCUCAUCUAUGUCCCUUCCCACUUUAGGAUGCCCAAAAUCCAGGAUUUUUUGCCUGAUCUAUUUAGAACAGUUUAUGUAGUUGUCUAAUUAAUUGAGAAUUAAAUAAAUCUUGUCAAUAAUGCAGCCUCUUCAUGCAGUGUUUAAACUGUUUUAACCAUAGAUUUCAAUUUGAAGAUAAGAUCUUUUGAUUAUCAGUUUGGAAAAAGUCAGAAUCCUCACUUAAUUUGAAAUUUAAGGUGUUGUCAUAAUAUAAGCCCUUGACCUGAAAUAGGGAUCUGUGGUCAGAGACUUCUAGCCAUGAAAUGGCUGCACCUCAGAAAGUCUCAUAUUUUGAGUUACGAAACUUAGAUAUGGUCAUCUAGACAUGGUCUCAGGGUUACCAAGUCCCAUCUUUGAAGCAACAGUUUUAUCAAUGUCAGGUGAUAUAAUAGCUAGCAUUUUAGCUACACUCUAGAAGACUUCUUCCUGCUGGGACCACUAUUGAAGAGUGACUUGGUGAAGAAGGGAACAUCAAAUAAUGUGACUGGGCUGGCUUAGUGCCCCAUCUACAAAAUAAAUACAUAGAUAAAAUCAUAGAUGCUGAGUUUCUGAUCUUGCAAUAAGAUCAUUGGUGUCAAAUCUUUUAAGCAAAAUGUUUAUUUCUCCUGGCUGUUUUUAUAUUAAUGGUCAUCUGCUGUUAUAACUGGUAUUGAACAAGCUACCUUAAUUUAAAUGUAAGCCUCCAAAACUUUAAAGACAGGUGAAAUGAUCUGAAUUUAUAUAUAUAAAAAUAAAAAUGAAAUGAAACAUAUAUAUUAUGAUAUUCAAAAAUGCAAUCUUCAGAAAACCAAUUUGUGUGAUGAGUAUUUGUUUUCUAUGUAUUAGUGGGGGCAGACUGCUUGGAGUGUUAAUUUUCUAGUGGACUAUCUACCUCUUGUCUCAAGCUUGAUACAAGUGCCCUUGUACUGUUUUUGACUGAGUACAGGUUCCGUUAAAGAGUUCUCUAAUUCUAUAGCUAGUGGCUAGAGGAGCAU